AUGGCGGCUGCAUCAGCGAUCAAAGAGGGCCCCGUGCCUAGCACCCCUGCCUUCCUCCUCAAGACAGGCUCGGCGGGUGAUCCCAUCGCCCAUUCCAACCCCCCGCACAACGUGCAGCCUGUGAGCCCACCACGCCCCGGACCCCUCUUCCAAGCCGGCCGGACACCACGGCUCCUGGAGGGUCGGGAGCCCAGCGGUGCCACCAUGUCUCUGGGUCAGAAGAGUGAGCUCUUGAAUCUUGAGGAAAAUGUUCAGGAACCAAGAGAAGAUGGUUCUUUUCAGGUCAUCUCUGAGGAAGAGGCCAGUGCACCCAACGUUCCUUCUGGUGUCAGCCCCUCCCCCAGAGCCAUUGCUGCCCUACGGGGCAGCCUCUCUGAGGAUGGUAAGGCCAACAGCCGGGAAGCAGAGGGACCAGACAGCUCCCAGGAGGCCGUCGAAGCCCCAGCAGCAGAAGCCCCGGAAGCCGAAGCCCCGGCAGCCGAAGCCUCAGCAGGGGAAGCCCAGGCAGCCGAAGCCUCAGCAGGGGAGGCCCAGGCAGCCGAAGCCUCAGCAGGGGAGGCCCAGGCAGCCGAAGCCCCGGCAGCCGAAGCCUCAGCAGGGGAAGCCCGGACUCCCCUUCAAGCUGCACUGCAGGAGAAGUUGGCUGACCUGGUGUGGUUCCUGCUGCUCAAGUAUCGCGCAAAGGAACCAACCAGCCAGGCCGAGAUGCUGAGGGAAGUGCUCAGUGAUAACCAAGGGCACUUCCUGGGGGUCUUCAGCCAAGCCUGCGAGUGCAUGCAGCUGGUCUUCGGCAUAGACGUGACCGAAAUGGAGCCCGGAGGCCACUCCUAUGUCCUGAACACCACGCUGGGCCUCACCCACGACGGGCUGCUGAGCCCCGAGCAGCUCAUACCCAAGACGGGCCUGUUGGUUGUCGUCCUGGGCGUGAUCCUCCUGGGUGGCGACUGCGCCUCCGAGGCGCACAUGUGGGAAGCUCUGGGGGCCAUGGGGGUGCAUGAGGGGGUGGAGCACUUUCUCUAUGGGGAGCCCAGGGAGCUCCUCACCGACGUGUGGGUGCGGGAGCACUACCUGGAGUACCGGCAGGUGGCCGGCAGUGAUCCCCCCCGCUACGAGUUCCUGUGGGGCCCCCGGGCUUACACCGAGACCAGCAGGAUGAGAGUCCUGGAUUUUAUACUCAGGGUCAAUAGGAGGGAACACAGCUGCUUCUUCGGUUUCUGA